UAAUUUUCUUUGGGUAGAAGUUACAUUUAGAUAUCUCGUGUGUAAAUACACGCGAGUAUCUUCUACCUUUCUUUCUAAUUAUUCUGUGAAAGUUAAAUUCAUUAAAUGCAUUUUUAUAGUUUCUCUCGUGUCAAAAGAGUUCAUUUAUUCGUCAUAAAGUGAGACAAGAGAUUAACACGCGCCCACUCGACGCUCUUUUUGCUCCAGGCGAUGAAUACCAACGUAGAGCAGUCACGUUUCCGGACGAUAACGUCACAAAACCGGUAUUUCCUCUACGUCACUAAUCUGCAUGGACGAAAAAAAGGAAAUGACUUCAUAAGAAUGAAUGUACACAUUUUCGAUUUAACGCUGUAACUUUGUACAGUCCACACGAGCGCAUGGAUCUGCUCACGAAAUUGAUCCCGUUGGCAGCAAUUGUUCUGCAUAAUUGCCAGUGUUUUAACGUAGAUACGAAAUUUCCUAUUGUUUUUAAAGGGACGAAAAAUAGUUAUUUUGGUUUUUCGGUACAGCUUCAUCAAACCGAUCGAAAAGCAUGGGCACUAAUUGCUGCGCCGAAAGCGAAUUCCUCUUCCUCAGCUCAACAUCUUCAUCAACCGGGAGUUUUAAACAAAUGCGAAAUAUCAAAUCAAGUCUGCUACGAAAUCAUUUUGGAUUAUUCAUAUAAUCAGAGGAAAAUUCUUGGAAAUCUUUCAUACAAAGAGGUGAAGAGUGAUAUGAUGCUGGGAAUAAGUUUGGACGUUCAACCGGAAGACGGAAGUAUUGUGACAUGUGGACAUCUAUGGAAGAAUUUGGAAUAUUCUCCGUUUUAUUCUGCUAAUGGAGUUUGUUACGUUAUUGAUAAAUAUUUAAAUGAAAACAACGAUUUAUCCAAUGUUGAGAAGUUACUGCCAAUCAUUGCUAAAGAAAAGCAAGUACUCCAUUCUCCGAACGUUAAUUUUUACGCCUAUGGAUUAGCUGGAUUUUCCGCAAUGUUUACAGAGAAUGGGAAAGAUCUAAUUUUGGGAGCACCCGGCAUCUAUGAAGGAAAAGGAAGUCUUAUUCAAUAUGCUGUUAAAAAUGGUGCUAAAUUAUCUCCCUUCCCAAUUAUCCCGGAUCCAAAUAACACAAAAGAAAGAGUGCACAACGAUUCCUACGUUGGUUAUUCUCUUACAUCUGGAAGAUUCUUCAAUACAACUGAAAUAUAUAUUGCAUCUGGAGCUCCAAGAGCAGAAAAUGAUUAUGGAUGUGUAAGUAAUAUUUAAUUAAUAUUCAUUGUCAAAUAUUUAAAGACAUUUCAAAUGUAAGCUAUUCAAAUAUAUUUCCUAAAAUAUAAACAUCAGUAGAAUGGCAAAGUUUAAAAAUUUAAUUAUGUAAAUUUUUUAUAAUAGAAAGAGUAUAGGCCACAGUGGUGUAUACCGCUCAAAAAUUGUUAGAACAAACUAAAUCCUUUGAAUAAUCUACACCACUGUAUACACUCACACAUAAGAGAGCAACAGAUAAUUGCAAUUUAAAACUGACAUUUAACCGGUACCCUUUUUAAAUUGUAUUAAAUACAAAUAACUAGGAGUCGGUAUUUUUUUUUUUAAUUCUGACUCCCGAUUCCUUUCACUAAAGCACCA